CCUCCAGCCAGUGCCAGUAACACUCCUCAAGGCCCACAGUUGUUGCUCAGUUCCCCCCCGUUAUUCACUCACCAACUCUGCUGAAAGCGGGCCCUCCUCUCCUGUCAACCACCAUGACGGAAUCUCCGGGCUCCCCCCUCUCCUCCAUUGCUUCCGACGACAUGUCGGAUCGCGACGACCUAAAGCAAGCCUUCUCCCCCUCCGGCUCCAACAUGCCUCCCUCAAAGCGUCGUCGCACUGGCGUUGCCUCUUGGGAUCGCAAUACUCCCGUUUCGACCACUUUCCAAGAUGACCUCCCUCCUCCUUCUCCCUCCACCUCCAUCUCGUCCGAUACCUCCGGCGACAUUCCCAACUCUCCCAACACCCUCGCUCUCAUAGGCGGCAGUCAGGAUGACGACUACAGCGGCCAAGGCAACGACCAGGUCACCGUCUGUCGCUGGGAUGGAUGCGACGCCGGUGAUCUCGGCAAUAUGGACGGCCUCGUGAAGCACAUACAUGAAGAACAUGUCGGGAGCCGACAGAAGAAGUACUCCUGCGAAUGGUCCGAUUGCAGUCGAAAGGGUCAAACUCACGCAAGUGGCUACGCGCUGCGCGCACACAUGAGAAGCCAUACGCGAGAAAAGCCCUUCUAUUGCGCUCUACCUGAAUGCGACCGCAGCUUUACUCGAUCAGACGCCCUUGCCAAACACAUGAGGACUGUUCACGAAACAGAGGCGCUUCGCCCCUCCGACCCCGUACCCAAACACCACAACGUCGCUGCUUCGGCGGCAGGAACGCCGACCGCGACCCCGUCUGGCAAGAUCCAACGGUUGAAGCUGAAGCUGUCGUUCCCGCCGAAGGACGACGCAGGAGAUCACAGCGAAAGCGCCAAUGAGGAGGCAGCAGGACUGGAGGACGAUCUCCACGUACCUCCUGGUGGAUUGGAGAAGGAGUUCGACACCUACGAGAUGCUGCUUGAAGGGCCGCAACUGUAUCGGCUGCUUCUGAGACAGAUUCACUGGGCACAGCAGGAUGGUGCGGAGCUACGCGACGCAUGGGAGAAGAUUCGCGUCAAGAGAAAGGAAUCGUGGAUGGAGAAGGAAGCGAUCUUUGAUGACUUGAUGGAGGCCGAGGUACGAUUGUUUAAGCUCCUCGAUGAGAAAUUCAGCGUGGCCAAGUCUGCGCCGGCGAACGGGACGGAUAAUGCACCGCAGUCGGAGCAACGGCAGUCAGAGCCAACGGAGAUGGAUGUUGCACAGGACCAGGGGUCUGGGUCUGUUCCGCCAUGAUAUGAUGGUCGGUAUUGAUGGCGGUGGUCACUUAAUAUAUCCUUCUUGACUUGAUCACUCCUGCCUUUGCUAUUGCUCUUCCUACCCUUUUCCUCUUGUACUUUACCUUCUUGUUUUGGGGGCUUUUUUUGGGAAUCUUUUUUUUUUCUUGGGGCUGCUGCUGGUAAUGACUUCGCCACGGAAUUGGGCCACGUCACAUCACGUCUCUUGUGAUAAAAAACGUGCCACUACUCAUAUUCCAUUCUUUUUUUUUCCCCUCCUUUUCUUAUACACCUUUUGUCUCCAUUAUCUUACCACGUCACGGGACAUGCAGGGACUCGAUCAAUUCCGGUUUAGUUCAUUUCAUUUUCAUUUCGUUUCGCUUUCGCUUUCGUUUCCGCAAAAUAUCCUGGUCUUUACUAGUUUGCUGAGUGUUUGUAACCUUACGAAAUGGGAUUGGCGCUU